CAGCCGGCAGCGGCACAGCCCCAGCCCCAGCCGCGCUCAUUGUUCCGCUCGCUCCCGGCGCCAUGGACGAGCUGGACCAGUCGCCUCUGGUCUCCUCCUCCUCCUCCGGGCCCCCGCGGCCGCAGCAGCCCCAGUUCAACUACCAGUUCGUGCUGGACGACGAGAAGGAGGAGGAGGAAGAGGAGGAGGAGGAGGACGACGAGGACUUCGACGAGCAGCUGGAGGUGAUGGAGAGGAAGCCGGCCCCGCCGCCCGCCGCAGCCCUGCCGGAGCGGCCGCCGCAGCAGCUGGAGCUGAGCGGCCCCACCGAGCCGCCCCGCCCCGCCGCCCCCGAGCCGCCGCAGCCCGGCUGGAGCCCCGCGGCCGCCGUCUCCUCCUCCUCGUCCUCCGCCGCCACUACGCCGUCCCCCGCCCGGGAGCAGUCUCCGGCCCCCGGCCCGCCCCCGGCGGAGCCCCCCGCGGCCCGCAAGAGAGGAGCCUCGGGCUCGGCCGAUGAGACCCUUUUUGCUCUUCCUGCUACAUCUGCGCCUCUGAUGCACUCCUCUGCAGAAAAAGUUACGGACUUGCAGGAGCAGCCAGGUAGCACUAAAUCACUUGGUCAAGAGGAUUUUACUGCAGUCCCGCUUGAUACUGCUGCUUCUCUUCCCUCCUUCUCUCCUCUCUCAGCUGAUCCCUUUAAAGAGCACGCAGCCUUUGAUAAUCUCUCAGAUGGAUUACCUGCAAGAGGCAUUUACAGAGAAAAUGCAAGUGAGGUUUGUAAAGAAACAGUGGAAAACAUAAGAAAUCCAUUUCUUGCUGAGGGAAAUAAAGACAUUUCCAAGAUGAAAUACUCAGAAAUGGAACCCCCAUUUGCUAAAGCAGAAGCAGCCAUUUUAUCUCAAGCUGAAGAGGAAAUGCAGCUAGAGGGCCCUAAAGAAUUAUGUAACCUGGAGAAAAUGCCUGUACAGCAGCUGAAGAUGUCUCCAGAAACUCCUGAAGAUUUGUCUGAGAAAAUUGAGGAAGAUAUCUUCUAUAACAAAGACAAGUACCGAGGUGUUGACUAUGGUGAGAAGGGAGCAUUGAAAAAAGACACUAUUCAGAGGGAAGAAUAUGUAGACUUCAAACCAUAUGAGCCAAUAUGGGAAUUAAAAGGUGCUAGUCAUGGACUGAGCAGCUUGAGAGAGGAUGUUGGAAGUAAGAUAGAUGGCACAGUGGAAGGCGAUUUAGAUGACAAAUACGGUGUAGAUAAGCUGGUGGUGCAUAAGGAUGAUGAAAGAGAGAGUGAAGGUAGUGCUGAAGAUCUCUCCUUCCCAAGUACCCCGGAAGCUGUGAAAGAACCUUCUCAGACUUACAUCACUUGCACUAAAUUUGAAUCCUCUGUAACUCCUGAUGGUGACAAAAUCAAAUCUCUUUCUCCACUAGAGGAAGGCAUUUCAGAAAAUAGAACUGAUGACGAGAAAAAAAUCGCAGAGAUGAAAGCUCAGAACACAGAACAAGGUGAUUUUAGUACUCGAGCAGUUGGCAAGCAGGAACACCAGGAAGCUGACUAUGCUAAAACAGAUAGCGCUGUUGAUACGCUAUCUGACAUUGCAGCGAGUAUGCCUGAAGGUCUUACUCCUGAUCUAGUACAAGAAGCAUAUGAAAGUGAAAUGCAUGAUGUGGCAUGUACCAAACUUGCUUAUGAAACAAAGAUUGAUUUAGUUCAAACCUCCGAGUCAGUACAAGAGACUCUGAAACCUGUGACACAGCUCUGUCCUUCGUUCGAAGGGUCAGAAGCUGCUCCAUCACCAAUAUUGCCUGAUAUUGUCAUGGAAGCCCCACUAAGCAGUGGGACUGCUGGUACAGAAACAUCUACUGUGCAGCUUGAAGCUUCCCCAUUAGAAACAUUUAUUCCUACUGCUAAUUAUGAGAAUGUAAAGCAAGAGGCAGAAAAACCUCCCUUAUACCAAGAAGCAGUGAAUGUACCAUUGACACAGGCCCAAGAAGCAAAAGAGGAAGUGACACUUAAACCUGAUCGUGAGAGUAGUGCCAGUCCUGAAGAUACAGAGACUCCAUAUAUAUCUAUCGCAUGUGACUUAAUUAAGGAAACAAAGGUCUCUGGUGAAUCUGCUUCUUCAUCUUUAACAGAUUAUUCAAAGAUGCCGGUAACAGAAUGCAUUUCUCAGGAUGUGCCUGAACACAAGGAAUUUGUUGAAAAACUGUCUUCACAGUUUGGAAAAUCUGACUUGUUUAAUAGUGAGGUGAUAUCUGACUUCCCUGAGAAAGAAAGUGAAGAGCCAUCUCUCAUCUUAAAAAGUAAAUCAACUGAGAGCAUUGUAACUGAUGAUGAACAUGAAGAACAACUUGUAGAUUCUGUAGCUGCCCCAGGCAAGCCUUAUCUGGAGUCUUUCCAAGCUGAACUGGACUCUUCCAAAAUUGUGGCCAUACAGCCAUCUGAGCCAACACCUACAAAAAUAGCUAAGGCAGAGAAGAUUCCACUUCAAAUGGAAGAGCUGAAUGCUAUGACUUACUCAGCUGAUGUAUCUGUUGCUACAGAACCAAAAACAGGAGACAGCAAAGGUCUCUCAUCUGUGGAGUCUUCCCCAGUCUCAGUAGCAGAAGAUUUUGUGAUGUUAGUUGAUCCUAAAACUGCUCCUGAAUUUGUGGCAGAAGUCGCUGACAGAGAAAUAAUGCACAAAGAUGAAAGUGAAGUUAUCAGUAAUGAGAUCAAAGAUGAGAAGAGGCAGCUGCCUUGCCCAGAGCUACCCUGUGAUCUGUCUACAAAGAAUGUAGAAGUUAAAACUGAAGAAGAUGCUCGUGUCUUGAAAAAGUCCUUGGAGGCAGUGGACAGAGAAGUGCCUGAAGUAUCCAUGUUGUCCUUACCGGCCACAGAUACCUUACCUGUAUCCACUGAAAAAGAGAUAGUCAGUGUAGUAAAACCAGAAGCUUUUAAGAAGGAAGCUGAGAGAGAAGCUGCUUCAAUUAAAGAAAAGGAAAAGCCUACUGCUGUGUUUUCAGCAAAGCUGAGUAAAUCUUCAGUUGUUGACCUCCUUUACUGGCGAGACAUUAAGAAGACAGGAGUGGUGUUUGGUGCCAGCUUGUUCCUGCUGCUCUCGUUAACAGUGUUCAGCAUCGUGAGCGUGACCGCUUACAUUGCCUUGGCCCUGCUUUCUGUGACCAUCAGCUUUAGGAUAUACAAGGGAGUCAUCCAGGCAAUCCAAAAGUCCGAUGAAGGCCACCCGUUUAGGGCUUACUUGGAGUCUGACGUAGCCGUGUCUGAAGAGCUUAUUCAGAAGUACAGUAAUGUUGUGCUUGGUCAUGUUAAUGGCACAGUCAAAGAGCUGAGACGUCUCUUCCUAGUCGAUGACUUAGUUGAUUCUCUGAAGUUUGCAGUGUUGAUGUGGGUAUUCACUUAUGUUGGUGCCUUGUUUAAUGGUCUGACAUUACUGAUAUUGGCUUUGAUUUCGCUCUUCAGUGUUCCUGUUAUUUAUGAGAGACAUCAGGCCCAAAUUGACCAUUAUUUGGGACUAGUGAACAAGAAUGUCAAAGAUGCGAUGGCUAAGAUCCAAGCAAAAAUUCCUGGGUUGAAGCGCAAAACUGAAUAAAAAGUCCGAAGCAACUUAGCGAUAGGAAGUUCAUCUUUUAAGGGGGAAAAUACUUACUCGGAUUUACAUGGGGAGGGUCAGGGAAUAAGCAAAACCCUUGACAUUGCAGUGCAAUUUCACAGAUCUUUAUUUUUUAGCAACGCAGUGUUUGAGGAAAAAUAACUGUUUUGACUGCCAUGUGUUUCAUCAUCUUAAAUAUUGUAAGCUGCUAUGUAUGGAUUUAAAACUAAUCAUCUUCCUUUAUCCCGUGUGCAGCACUGGCUAAUACAAAAAGAUUUGAGAAAGCUGUACAUUUUGCUUCAUCAGAGGUAGGCGCUGCUGCGUUCCAGAAGAGGUAGUGCAGGUGGAGCGGAGGAUAACACUUCCCAGUUUGUGCACUGUGUAUGGUCUGUGUAGAUUGCAGAUUUUCUAAAAUGAGAUGUUUUAGAAGAAUAUACCAUUUUAGCAAGUUUUGAAAAAUCUUGCCUUUUUGGUAUGAGUAUAGCUGUAUUGUGAUUUUAUUGUUUUAUCAAUUGCCUAUAUAUAUAUAUAUAUAUAUAUAUGUGUUUCACAAAGCUUAGAUCUUUCAGCUGCUCCACAGUGCUUUGUACUUCAGAGAAUUGACUGAUUUCUGGACUAGCUCCAUAGCACACAAGCUUGAAAAACUAAAAUGUCUCUGUAAACACUAGCAUCUGUUUAAAAGAAAGAAAAAAAGUAAUGAACAAAGGAACCUCCACAUAUAUUAGAAGAUUACAGCAUACACUUUGUUGCGCAAACAUGCAGUAGUUGAUUUUGAGCAAAUAACUCUACAGUCUCUCAAACUCUGAUAAUCUGUGGACUGAAUAUCUAAUGCUGCAAAUGUUGUUUGGAAACUUAAAACCUUGUUAUGCAAGAAAUGAUAAAUGAAAAUUUAUACACUUGCAGUUUAAGCUGUAUUGAACUAAGUCUGUGGAAUGCAUUGUGAAAUGUAAAAAAAAAAAAAAACAAACAAGAAAAAAAAAAAACAACAAAACCCCAAGUAUCAAUAAAGCUUAUAGACUUAAAAUAAUAUCGGUAUUUUGCUUUCUUGAGGUAAGUUUAAUAUAUUUGUGUUUAUUUUAAGUUCAUCGUGAUUAAAUAUCCAUUGUACAUGGUGGUAGAAAUAGUUUGUCAGAUUAAUAGCAAUGUGAGUAGAUGGAUUUUUCAUGAUACCUUUUGUGCAGCGUGAAGCAGUUUGUUCAGUUCUAGUUACAGAUCUGAUGUCCUGAAUAGCUAUGUUGGUGGGUGAUGCUCAGUUUGGCGCGUAGUUCUUGUAGAGCAGAUGCUUUCCUGCAGUGAGGAGGCCUCGAUGCUGAAUACUGAAGGCCACUGUUGUUACCAUGGCCAGCUGCGCUGACAGCUCAGUGACAUGGGUGACUGUCAGUCUUGUGAGGUGGUUGGUUGUUGAAAAUUGUUAUUGAAAAAGAUGAAAUUUUAGAUUCUGCUAAAAGAAGUAACGAUCCUUGGCUUCUUUUAUUUUGAAGACAGUAAUGUAUAUGCCAUGUGCUAAUUUGAAGGAAAUUGUUAAGCAAGUCCAAGAAUUUUUCAGAUGUUUUUGAGCCUGAUUUAGAAAGCUGGACAUUGAAAACUUGUAUCCAAGUUUAUUUGAGACACAGAUUUUAAGUUAAUGGCAUCUUGACCACUGAAAAAUAAAUUCAUGCACUAAUAUUUUAAUUUACAGUAUAGUACAUCAUCACCUCUGAACAUUUUAUACAUAAAGCCAAACCAUAUAAACAUACAAAUUUAAGUGUUAUCCUGACAGACGCUAUUGCUCUAAGAUAUUUUUAACAUAGCCAUUUAAUAAUUCCUUCUGCUGCGCAACUGGUUUUAUUCGGGAUACAAUCAAUGUGAAAGGCAAACAUGACAACAUAAGCAAAGAAGGUGCUCACUGACAUCACCACCUAACAUGAUUACAAUAUUUGAUUGAUAAGGUUUAUUUAAAAAAAACUGCAUAGGGACUCUUAUUGUGUAUCUGACAAACUGAUCUGUAUAGUAAUAUAAGGCAUUAAUAAAUUCACUUUUAAAAAAA